GGAGGAGGAGGUGGAGGAGGAAGAGGAGGAAAAUCGAAGGAUAGCGGUAACAGCGGCAGCGAAAAGAAGAAGAAGAAGAAGGAGGAUCGAAGUAGGCCGGUGUGGCCUGCACAGCUUCCGGUAUAUUCGCUGGUGUUUUUACGCGUACGGCGUGGAUCGAUAGGUGUCUCGCGAGCUCUUCGGUCGAGCUGGUCGAACAACGUCGUUCGUGCCGGCAAGGACGAGCUCGUCGCGACUAGAAAACGGUGUGCAGCGUCGCGGCCGCCUGGGAACUGGGAGAGAGCAAGCGGAAAGAACAACAAGCAAGGAAGGAAGGAAGGAAAGGAAGGGUCAGGAAGGGAGAGUUAGGGAAACGCGAGAAGGAGGAGGAGGAGAAGGAAGAGGGAAAGGAAAGGAGAGGAGGAACGGUGAACGAUUUAUGGGGGACUUUAGCGCGACAAGCCUGUUCUCGAGCUCGUUGUCAGCCCCGACGAAAUCGUCGAUCGGUAGCGGUGGUGGUAGCGGCGGCAAUAACGCGGUAACCGUGACCACCUCGACGAUGCAGGACGAUCUCCUGAUAGAGAAACAAGGUAUCGGGAAGACCGCGCCGUUAUCGCCGAGCAGCGGCUUGGACACCGUGGCCGGACAGGAGAAGGCGAAAGACGCGGUCGCGGUCGCGGUCGAGGUCGAGAGUAUCGCUAUAACGCCGACGACGCCCUCCUCCACCGAGAAGGACAUUACGUGCAACACCGGAUCGACGCUCCAGGGGUUUACCGAUCCUGGCAGGGUGCCGAGUCUCUGGUCCGCCCCGGACGAUGCCGGUCUGCACGCGUUACCGGUCAACGGGUCCAUCGGCGCGUUUCAGAAUUUUCCGAGCAGCGGCCCGACCGGACUGUUCGCGAGCACCGGCCCGGCCGUGUCGACGGGGGCUCGUCGCGCCAUCACGGCCAGUCAUAAUUUUCCUCAGCAACACGGGAACGCCGGGGCGCCGGGCAACCGACACGGCCUCCAGGUGUCGUCUGCUCAGCAGCAUCAGCAGCAGCAAGCCCAGCAACAGCAGCAGCAACAGCAACAACAGCAACAGCAGCAGCAACAGCAGCAGCAACAACAGCAGCAACAACAGCAGCAGCAGCAACCGCCGCAGCAUCAACAGCAACAGCCUCCGCAGGCGACCUCGCAUCCCGGUGUUUACCUUCCCGGGAAGGGUUACGCGGCCUGGUCCGGCGGCCCGCAAGCGCCCCAACAAUGGGGCGCUGGGCCGCAGGCGGCCGCGGCCGCGGCUGCGGUCGCGAAUCCAGGACUUUCGCCGUGGAGUCGCGGCAGAUCGGUGCCGAAUCUACCUCCUUUGCACUCGUCGUUGCACGCGGCCGCGGCGGUCGCCGCCGCCGCCGGACUCCAAGGGAGGAAACCGAGCCCGACGUUCCCGGGCCAUCCGGGCCCGGCUGCUCAUCCGUCUUGCAUCAGUCCGGUGAAGUUCCGUAGGAGCACCUCGUACCCCGGCAAAGGCAACAUGUACCCGCCGCAACCCGCGCCCACCUUCGAGGUCACCGCUGCCGAGGACAGGGAUUUGCUGCAGUUGCCGCCGUUUCAGCAAGAUCGCAUGACGGCGAACGGAAACUCACCGCUGGAUAGCAUGAGGACGCUGGAGCAUUACCUGAGCGACAUCAUGAGGAGCGGCGACACCCCGGAACACGUGAAAGGAUAUAUAAACUGCAAUGCCAGCACGCUGCAGUCCCUCGCACAGCUACACGGCAAAUCACCGUUCUUCCCUAGUCUCGACGACCAGACCGGAACCCUGCUGGAGGACUCGAACGCGCCGAGCCAUCUGGACGGCGUCGGGGUCGGCGUCGGCGUCGGUGUCGGCGUCGGCGUCGGUGUCGGUGUCGGUGUCGGGGUCGGCGUCGGUGUCGGCAGCGGGAUAACCGGCUCGCAGGCAGCGCCGCCGCUAUCCUCGCCGAGUCGGAGCAGUCCUCACAGCCAGGGCAGCGAGAUCGGGGAACGAUUUUCUAGAAAAGUCUUCGUCGGCGGACUGCCGCCGGACAUCGACGAAGAGGAGAUCAAAGCCAGUUUUCGUCGUUUCGGAUCGCUGGUGGUCGACUGGCCGCACAAGGCGGAGAGUAAAUCCUACUUUCCACCGAAAGGCUACGCCUUCCUGCUUUUCCAGGACGAAACAUCCGUGCAACAGUUGAUCGACGCGUGCAUCCAGGACGAGGAGAAGCUGUACCUGUGCGUCAGCUCGCCGACCACCAAGGACAAGCCGGUGCAGAUCAGACCGUGGCGACUGAGCGACGCGGACUUCGUCCUCGACGCCUCGAUGCCGCUCGACCCCCGUAAAACGGUGUUCGUCGGCGGCGUGCCCCGACCGCUGAAGGCCCUCGAGCUCGCGACCAUCAUGGACAAGCUCUACGGCGGUGUGUGCUACGCCGGCAUCGACACCGAUCCCGAGCUCAAGUAUCCGAAGGGCGCCGGCAGGGUCGCCUUCAGCAAUCAGCAAAGCUACAUAGCUGCCAUAUCGGCCAGAUUCGUUCAGCUGCAGCACGCUGACAUUGACAAAAGGGUCGAAGUGAAACCGUACGUUCUGGACGAUCAAAUGUGCGACGAGUGUCAGGGACAACGCUGCGGAGGCAAAUUCGCGCCGUUCUUCUGCGCCAACGUCACCUGCUUGCAGUACUAUUGCGAGCAUUGCUGGGCAACGAUUCAUUCUCGACCGGGUCGGGAGUUCCACAAACCGCUGGUGAAGGAGGGUGCGGAUCGACCUCGAGCCGUGCCUUACCGCUGGUGUUAACCCCAGCUGCGUUGUCCCUAAUUAUCUCGCAACCCUAGCUAAUUAACUACCGCUCGUACGAAUCCCCCCAUCCCACCCAUCCCCCAGCCCCAAUCAACCUCCCUCCAAGCCAGGCAUCCUUCCGCGAGACCCGCUACCUAUCAUUAUACCCCCCACUUUGAGCCCGCAACCUCGCGUUAACCGAAGUCGAACUCGACCGAACUCGGUUUACCUCACCUCCCCGCGCCCGACAGUCAGCCACACCUCCUCGUCACUUACUUUAUCUAUCGAGAUACAAUCCGAAAAUCACACAGUUUCUACUACUGCUACCCACUCGAUCGUCGGUAACUA